AUGCCUGGCGAAGUCAUCGAUCGGCCAAAUCCGCAACCAUUGCCGUCGCAGUUGCCAGAUUAUUUGAAGGACUUGCAAAUCAAACUCCCUCAUGAGACUCUGGAUCAAAAAGCUUGCGAUGCCUUGUUCAAAUUUCGCCGAGCGGCGUGCUACAUUGCGGCAGCGAUGAUUUUCCUAAAGGACAAUACUCUUCUGAAAAGAGACCUUACUUUCGAUGAUAUUAAGCCUCGGUUGCUCGGUCACUGGGGAACAUGCCCCGGUCUCGUUAUGGUGUAUUCUCACCUGAACUAUCUCAUCAGGACGAGAAAUCUCGACCUACUUUAUGUUGUCGGUCCGGGACAUGGAGCGCCCGCGAUUCAAGCAGCACUGUGGCUGGAAGGAUCCCUGGAGAAGUUCUAUCCGGAGUAUUCUCGUGACAGCAAAGGUCUUCAUCAGCUUGUUUCAACGUUCAGUACAACGGCCGGCCUUCCUAGUCAUAUUAAUGCCGAAACACCGGGCUCGAUUCACGAAGGCGGAGAGCUAGGCUAUGCGUUGGCCGUAUCCUUUGGUGCAGUCAUGGAUAACCCCGAUUUGAUCGUCCCUUGUAUAAUUGGGGACGGCGAGGCCGAAUCCGGGCCAACUGCUACUUCAUGGCAUGCAAUCAAGUACAUCGAUCCCAAGGAGUCUGGUGCAGUUCUUCCGAUCCUCCACCUUAACGGUUUCAAGAUCAGCGAGCGCACCAUCUUCGGGUGUAUGGAUCAUAAGGAGCUAGCAGCGCUUUUCAGCGGAUAUGGGUACCAGGUCCGCUUUGUGGAAGAUCUCGAUGAUAUCGAUACAGACCUUCAUUGUUCUAUGGUCUGGGCUGUGGAAGAGAUUCAGAAGAUCCAGCAGGCCGCUCGCUCCGGAAAGCCAAUUUUCAAACCUAGAUGGCCAAUGUUGAUUCUGCGAACACCCAAGGGAUGGUCCGGUCCGAAGCAGCUCAAUGGUCAAUACAUCGAAGGAUCAUUCCAUUCCCACCAAGUGCCACUCCCCAAGGCCAAGUCCGACGACCAGCAAUUGGGCUUACUGCAGAAAUGGCUCUCGGACUAUAAGCCUGAAGAACUCUUCACAGAAAAUGGCGAUGUCAUCGAUGAGAUCAAAUCGGUCAUCCCAACGGAGAAUGAAAAGAAGCUGGGACAGCGCAUCGAAUCCUACAACAGCUAUGUCGCGCCCAAGCUACCAGACUGGAAAAAGUUCUGCGUGAAGAAAGGCUCAAAGGAAAGUGCAAUGAAGGUAGUUGGCAAGCUGAUUAGUGAGGUCUUCGUGGAGAACCCGCACGGUGUGCGAUUGUUCUCGCCGGACGAGCUGGAAAGCAACAAGCUUGACGCCGUAUUCGAAAAGACCGGCCGCAACUUCCAAUGGGAUGAGUUUUCCAACGCGCGUGGCGGUCGUGUUAUUGAGGUCCUGAGUGAGCAUAUGUGUCAGGGCUUUAUGCAGGGAUACACCCUGACGGGUCGUGUGGGUAUUUUCCCGUCAUACGAGAGCUUCUUGGGAAUCAUCCACACGAUGAUGGUGCAGUACUCCAAAUUCAUCAAGAUGGCCCGAGAGACCACCUGGCACGGCCCUGUUAGUAGCAUCAACUACAUCGAAACCAGCACCUGGACCCGCCAGGAGCACAAUGGCUUCUCCCACCAGAAUCCUUCAUUCAUCGGCGCUGUUCUCAAGCUCAAGUCCAACGCCGCCCGCGUCUACCUACCACCAGACGCAAACACUUUCCUGACUACAGUGCAUCACUGUCUGAAGUCAAAGAAUUACAUCAAUCUGAUGGUGGGUUCGAAACAGCCAACUCCGGUGUAUCUCACACCCGAUGAAGCCGAGAACCACUGCCGUGCGGGAGCAUCUGUUUGGAGGUUCUGCAGCACCGACGACGGCUUGGAUCCAGAUGUGGUCCUGGUGGGCAUUGGUGUCGAGGUCAUGUUUGAGGUGAUCCAAGCUGCGGCGAUACUGCGCGAGCGAGCACCAUAUCUGCGCGUUCGUGUGGUGAACGUGACAGACCUCAUGAUUCUUGAGAACGAGGGUCAACACCCGCACGCCUUGUCUACUCAACGGUAUGACAACCUCUUCACCGCGGACAGGCCCAUUCACUUCAAUUAUCACGGCUAUCCGACUGAGCUGCAGGGCUUGCUAUUCGGUCGCCCGCGUCUGGACCGUGUUUCGAUUGCAGGAUACAUAGAGGAGGGCAGCACCACAACGCCCUUUGAUAUGAUGCUUGUCAAUCACACCUCGCGCUAUCAUGUUGCGCAGGCGGCUGUUGAUGGUGCUGCAAUGCGUAAUGAAAAAGUUAGAAUUCACCACCAAGAGCUGCGCGCCGAGUUCGAGCAGAAGGUGGUUGAGACGAGAAAGUACAUUAUCGAGCAACAGCAGGAUCCUCCUGAGACAUAUGACACGCCGAAUUUCUCAUAG